UUUGAAGGCCGGAAAGUUCCUGUUGCCUGGUGACAAAGAAGUACAGCAUUCCCACUUUGAAGCUCUGCUGGACUACGAGGAGCAGCAAGCUGGACUUCGGGCUGUGCCAAAGCUUACGAAAGCUCACAUCAGCCCCAACGCUUUCCAAAAACUGAGUGUGAGACUUGCUGUCCAGCUCUUCAGUGAAAGCACUGCUUCAGCAAUGGACUUCUAUCGCAGUAGAGAAGAAUGUGUGAAACUUCGUGGCUCCAAAGCAACUUCGGAUUUUGCGAGGCGAAUGAAUAGUCUAUUCGACUGCUUCAAUUCUAAAAGGCCACAAGAUGUGCAGUACAAUGAAGCGGAACACAUUUCUGUAAGCCCUAAUAUUUCAAACCUACUGUCACAUCCUUUGAAGUUCCACUUAAAUCAGAUUGUUUUUCAGACGCUGAAGGAGAACAUCGAAUGGCUUGACAGGUGGCACACUUACAACCAGAGUUUACCAAAGCAAAAGCAACUCUUCUUUCUCAGCAAGCCAACAUGCAAUGCUUUGAGAAUGACUUUGCACAGCACAGUGACGCUUGUUGAAAAGCUGCUGAAUUGUGGCUUUCGCUAUGUUUUAGUUGGCAACUUUGGACAAGACCACCUCGAGAGAUUUUUUGGCAUCGCAAGACAUGUCGCUGGAGCAGGGGGACAGCCAACUGUUCAGCAAUUUUUGUUCAUUUACCGGUGCUCUCGGUGA